GUAUUUCCAUUUCCAUUUUAUUGAUUAUGUUGAAGAAUGUCUUUGAUCAAUUAAAAAAAAACUUUGUAUAUUUUGAAAGUUGGAGUGAUCUGCCGAAUCCUCAGGUACCGCCUCCACCCGUUGAUCAAGGGCUUGUUAAUCUUUACCAAGAGAUUAGAACGACAGUUAAGCAAGAGGCUGAAGUUAUAAAUGUUGUAUUUCCUGAUCCGGUUGGAGUCAUGCAAGUUUUCUUGCAACGUAUUUUUGCUCAAUUGACAUAUCUUGAAAGUCUUCUGAUGCAUGCUGAAAAUAAUUCAACAUUAGCUUAUUUACGCUGUUUGGUUGCUGCAAAUAUUGCGACAAAAGAACUCGUUGAAGACUUGAAAGGCUUGGAUAUGCGCCAGAAAGGUUUAUCUAAUACUAGUUAUUUGGAUGCAAAUGAAGCAUCACAUAAUAGUGGUACAAUUGCAGAAAUUUUAGAACAAUGUAUUAGAGAUCUGUUUGUACCAUAUACUGAAGGUGACCGUUACAUCGAAAAAGAAAAAAAAUCAUUAGGAGAAUUAUAUUCAUCCUUACUAUUACAGUUUACAGCUUAUCAUACACAGCAAAAACAAUUGCGUGCGGGCAGCUUACUCGGUCGUGCAUUCAAUCAGAUAACAUUAUAUUCUAAUACCAAUCUUAUGGAUGUUCCGACCACAGAAGAUGAUGGAAACUUGUCAGUUAAUUCAGCCAUGUUGAUGCUUAAAAUACAUGCAGAAGCAAUAAGGCGUGCCAUGAAGCUUAGUCCAUUUACCGAAUU